AUGGCUGCCAACGUGUAUCGGGUUAUCGACGGUGUGAACCUCGUCAAAGUAUUCUCCGAGGAGGCUGUACGGUCCGCCUUCAGGUACAAACCGCGACAUGGAGACAUCUUCAGCGCCAGUUACCCCAAGUGCGACUCCGACUGGCUGCAACACAUUGUCUACAACAUCCUAACAGCGGGCGUUUCUCCCGAGAGAAAGUUGGACUUCCGUUUCCGCAUGCCAUUCCUGGAGCUACAGGGCGCGGACGCCGCUACUCACGGUCUCAAGCCCGGAGCGCUCAAAACUCACCUACCGUUCCAUAAGGUUCCAUUCUCUGAAGAUGCCAAGUACAUUUACUCCGCCAGAAAUCCGUACGACUGCUGCGUGGCCUUCUAUCACCACACCGCCACUCUUCCCGUGUACGAGUUCGGGGACGGCAAUUUUGACCAGUUCCUGGAGUUGUUCCUUCGUGGCCAGGUCGAUUUUGGGGACUACUUCGAUCAUCUUCUUUCCUGGUACGAACAUCGCGACGAUUCCAACGUGCUGUUCCUAACGUUCGAGGCGCUUGAGAAGAACCUAAGAUUUUAUGUUCUGAAGAUUGCCGACUUUGUGGGGGCGACCUAUGGCGAGAAGCUUCGGAAAGAUGCCGGUCUGCUGGACAGAGUCGUCAGUGUCUCAGACCUCGAGAGCAUGACGAAGAGCGUUAAUGCGAGGGCGCGAGAGUUGGCCGAAUACGUUCCGUCCGAUCGGGACUUGGAGGGUCUGCAUCCUUCUCUGCUGAAAGGGCUCAACUCAACGAAAAGAUUCGUGAAGAAGGCAGCGAGUGAGGAGCUUUUGCGCAUGACUGCGACCGGGGACUGGAAGAACCAUUUCACGGCAGAACAGGUUGUCCGUAUGAAGGAGUGGAUUGCAGAAAAGACGGACAACAGUAGCGUGAUGCAGCUGUGGGAUGGCGUUGACCUUCCACGCUGAAUCAGAUUGACCCGAAAUUAAGUUUCA